GGUAAAAGAAAAAAAUGACAUGGGUAUAUUGUAAAGUUUAGUAGUAACCAAGAAGCAAAGUAGAAUAAACCUAAAAUUCGAGGUAGCUGAAUGUCAAACUUUACUAAAAUAAUCCCAUUGGUAGCAGAAGUCGCCUUCAUGCGGGGUAUCAAAUACGAAGCCAACGCUAAAAAACAGUGGGAGAAGAAGAGCGAUCGCAAAAGCGUGAAAAGUAAGUCAAAAGCUCCUUUGGUGCAUCCUUUCUAUCAUCAUAAGAUACAUACUGAUCUAAAAACUCCCUAAACAUUAUAGAUCUAUUUCAUUCUCUUUAGCUGCUGAAGUCGAUUACAUUACAUCUCUGGUGAUUAAUAUGAGUCUUGGUGGCCCUUCUCUUGGUUCUGGUGGUAGAACUGCUAGAAGGGCAUUUGAGUUUGGACAGACACACGUGGUAAAACCUAAAGGCAAACACCUGGCAACCAUUGUUUGGUUGCAUGGUCUUGGUGACAAUGGUGCAAGCUGGGCCCAGCUCUUGGAGACCCUUCCUCUUCCAAAUAUCAAAUGGAUAUGCCCCACAUCUCCUUCUCAACCCUUAACAUUAUUUGGUGGCUUUCCUUCAAAUGCAUGGUUUGAUGUAAGUGACCUUUCUGAGGAAUCAAAACAAGAUGUAGAUGGACUUGAUGCUUCAGCUGCACAUGUUUUGAGUCUCCUCUCUGCUGAGCCUCCAGAUGUGAAACUUGGAGUAGGAGGGUUUAGUAUGGGUUCAGCCACUGCUUUAUACUCUGCAAGUUGCUUUGCUCAUGGAAAACUUGGGGAUGACAAUGCUUACUCAGCCCAUUUGGAUGCAGUUAUUGGCCUUAGUGGCUGGCUUCCAUGUGCCAAGGACCUAAGUAGCAAGGUAGAAGGAGAUGAAGCUGCAGCUCGAGCAUCAUCUUUGCCCAUUUUGCUAUGUCAUGGAAAAGUUGAUGAUGUGGUUCUCUUCCGUUAUGGUGACAAGUCAUCAGAGAAAUUAACUUCUACUGGCUUUAAAAACUUGACCUUCAAAACCUACGACUCGCUUGGCCACUACACGAUGCCAGAAGAGAUGGACGAUGUUUGUUCGUGGCUAACUUCAAAAUUAGAGCUCAAGUGCGAGUCGUAGUUUCAUCGAUUGAAAAAUCAAAAUCAAAACCAAAAACAAUAUUUUGUGAUGUGAUAUGAAAUAUGAUUUGCUCAAACAUUUAAACAAGUGUGAUGAUUUGGGUGUGAAAGUUACAUGGGAUACUUUGGUUGUGGUUCCAAACAAUCAAUCAUUUAAAUACUUGGGUUUACAAUCUACAGAAAAGUACAUUCGAUUGUGUACAACAAACGGAAGCGAUAAACAAAACAAUAAUAAACUUAGGAGCAAAAUAAAAAAUCACUUGAAAUCUCAACAAAUUACUAUGAAAGAAAGAUUGGGUUUUUGGUUUCAUCUAGCGACCUCUUUGAUAAAAGAUACAUCAUUGUAGGGUGGUGGGAGGAGGUGUUUAUCUUGCUCAUCAUUGUCAUAUUCUUCUUCUGUAGGUGGAGGUGGUUCUUGAGCAUUGGUUGUUGACACAGAUGUGUUCCCAUCUUCUUCUGUAAAUCCAUCAGGAAGCUGUUUAACAGCAGAUACUUGAAGGCUUUCAGGAAGUAGAAAAUAAAAAAUACGCACCUAAUCUGGCGAGUCGGUUGACCCAGCCAGGGAUACUUUUGCCAGUUAAUCUUUGGGAAAUGUCAUCUGUAAAAUGGUUGCAGUUUUUGGAAAUGAGGUGAUAUGUGUCUCCAUGAUACUCUGAAGCCACAUUCUCAAUAAAUUCCCUAAAUUCGGAUGGUGAUUUGGUUACAUGCCCUAAUGGGAUUGAACAUCUGUAAACAAAACCAGGGCAACUCUUGGGUUCAACUUCAAACACACCACUAAUUGGAAAAUCAUGAGCCCCGUAUCCGUAUUCCAUACCAUACACUGUAACAAAUGAAAGGGUAAUUACGUAAUUUCACAUUUAUCUCAAUUGACUUGCAAAUCUUAGUUGAUACAGAAAAAACGAGUAAGCAUAGCUUUUUAUCUGUCAUUUCUGUGUUCAUGAAUAAAACUCAAUCAACAUUACAUAGCAUCUUUUACAACUAAAGAAACUUGAUUUAUCUUAAAGCCUAAAAAAAAAUCUAUCCCAUGAAGAAUGACAUGUAGUAAAAUCCCAAAAUAACCAAUCAAAAAUCUUUGCAUUUUUGAAAGAUCCCGAUUCAUUGAUUAAGAAGACAUCUUUUAUGGCGCAAGAACCACAAAGAGCUCAUAAAACAAUUAAUGUUUUAUAUUCUACAAAACCCAUAUCACCAAAUACAAAUCAAAGAAAACCCAAAUGAUUUAAUUUGUACAAUUUGGAAUUGAACAUAAACACCCAUGAAAAGUUAAGUCGUGAUCACCAUUUAACUGUAAUCCAAAACCUCAUAAAUCAUUAAGUUAAAACAUAAACCCAUUGCAGUUACAGAUCAUUCUACAAAACCAAUUACGAAAGAAAAGUAAGAGCCCAAAUGAUUCUAUUCAUCAAGAAGACAUGAGUGUAAGGCUCAAGAACCCCUACCCAAAAACCUCAUAAAACUUUGAACUAAAACAAAAACCCAUUAACGUUUCAAAUCAGUCGACUAAACCCACAUCACCAUAUACAAAAUCGCCUAAAAUGGAAUUAGAUCAGGUUGGAUUUUUGCUCACCUUGAAUACCCGAAUGAAAAAUACCAAAUCCAAACCAGAUGCUGUACGAAUUGAUAGGGGUAAGAUCAUAUACAUUCAGGAAAACUUGUGUGUCCAUGUUGCUGUAAUUCCUUUCUGGGCUUGUUGAGUUUGAUGAGGUACUGUGUCGUCCCAUUUGCUGAUUUUAGUUUGCUUGUCUCUAAAAUUAAAAGUGAUCUAUCUUUCUGAAGAAGAGAAAAGGGGCUUCGUAUGAUUUUAUGAACGAUUUUUCGUUUCUGGGAUCAUACUUUUUGCUGUGAGAUACAAACACACACUCCAAUCGAAAAGGGUUGAUUUUCCUGUUCGGGGAAGAGGCAAAAUUGAUCGGAACUCUUUUCGAGUGUACAAUUGGGAAAAGGAAAAAGGAAAAGGAGAAAGGGUAAAGUGGGAAGAGGGAUUUUCAGAAAGCUGUAUAAGUUCAAUUUGGAUCGUGGGAUCAAUCAUGGAAGUGAACGAGUCAGGACUCGCUGUGUCGCUCAGCUCAUUUGGGCCCUUUGAUAAAAUAUGACAGAUUGGGAUCAAUCAUCAAAGUUUCAUCAGGUAGGGUUGAGUUUUUGACCGAAAAGAAAAUGUAUUUUUUUUAUAGAAUAUAAAAUUUU